GGGCAUGACAUAUCAGGCACACAUGUGAAAUAUGAGACACACUUUUUGCGUUUCAAGUGGUUUCGGUUACGCAGUGCGGCCUGCCGACAGUCCUGAUUGUUGUAAAAAAUAUGGUAUUGAAUUCGUCGUAGAAUUGUUUCUGUUUGAAGUCGUAAAAAUUGUCGCCUUUGUUUACAUUACGAUGACCACAAUGUUUGGUCAGAUCCGUAUGGAGCCAAAAUCCGCUUGUACUCAGCAUAAUUUUACACACACACGACCACCCACCCAUACAGACAUCAAUACAUAACAACUCAUUGGCAAGCCUUCCACUACUACUACUCUCGAGUGCAUCAUGGAUGCAUUUUUGCGCCAUAACUGUGUGUGUGUGUGUGUAUGAUUAUGUUUUUGUUAUGUAUUUCACAAAGAGCCUGCUCAAAUGAGAAUUUUCAUGUCUCAUUGAAUUUCGUCACAGAUCUAAUUGAGACUUCGUAAGAGCAAGAACGGCCAAUGUUCUUUCAUUCAUUGUUUUUGGAAAACAAAAUUAAGAGUCCAAGAAAACCAAAACAAGUAACAACAAAUUUAUUUAUUUCUGUGUUUUGUUGUUGUAUUUUUUCGUUUUGUUUUUUGUUUUAAUGAUAAUAAUUAUUCUAAAAACUAAAAUAUGGAUUUUCGAAAAACACACUUGGAAGCGUCCAGCAGCAGCAGCAGUGACAACACAUCGCCGCACAAGAAACAUUUAAGUUUGGAGGCAAGACACACAUUGGCCCUGGAAUCUGCUCGUAAAAUACGUUGCAACAUUAAGUCCAGCAUUUUUAUACCGAAAAUACCUAUCAAUAGCCAAAAAAAGUAUCCAUGGAUUUCAAAAAAGAGUCCGCCCAAUGUGAUGCAGCCAUUAAAUAGUUAUUCUAGCAUUGUAGGAAACUCCAAAAUAAACUCUGAGCGCAAUUUCCCACAACAACAAAAGUCCACAAGAAAAGACGGAUUUCGGCGCCCAAGAAGACAAAUUCAAUUUAAAGGUGGCAAUAAAUUAAAAGCAAUUCGUCGACGAUUUGAGAGAAUCUAUGGAGGAAAUAAACUAAUAAAGGAGUUGAAUUCGAGGGAAGAGGAACUGGAGAUUCGGAGGAAUAAUAACACAGCCAAGAGAGAACUGGAAAAAUAUUCCGCCAUUGAGAAUACCUUAAAGAAUAUGGGUUUGGCAAUUAGCUCAGCAGAUGAUCACGAUGAAGACAGUGAUGUAGAAAUUGGAAUACUUACGGAAGCCACAGAGGAUAUAGGCAAAUCAAAUCAGGCAGAUGAUUUUAGAGAUAUAAUUGAUUUAAACAGUUCAACAGAAGAGUUACAGGAAACUCUGAACUCCAAGCAAUCUCAAACGAACGAAAUAAUUGAUUUAAAUGAUUCCCUGGAGGAUGUCAUUGUUCUAGAUCAACAUGUGAUUACCGUGCAACACAGUUCCCCCGACAAAAGCUUUGCCCCACAGGCCGUUAAUGAGGUUUAUAGUUUCAUAAAGUCCUUAUCGGAGGCAGGUGAAUUUCAAGAACUUCUGACCAAAUCCAUUGCUGUUUAUCCUGCCUCAGAACUGGAUAAGGCAAUUCUGAGUGAUAUGCAGUCUAUUGAGAAUUCGAUUUAUGAUUUUGCAAUUGCUCUGCAUAAAACCUAUGAGGAUUUGGACGUUUUGGAGUAUGAACAAAGGAAAAUUUCUGAAAAAUACAUCCUCCCUCAUCGGCUUAAUCCAAUGGAAACCUUAGAAAUCCCUAAAACACUGGACCAACGACAUCAAUGUCUGGAGAUUUCAAAGGAGGAUGAGGUGAAAGACCAACACAGAUUUUCAACACCAGAUAAGACACAAGAGGCUCAUCAAACAAGUAAACCCAUGGAAGAAAAGCAAAUUGAGGUAUCAUCAAACAGCAACCCGGAGGAACAUGUCGGUACCUCAUGCGACCCGUCAUCUGACAAUCCAGCAUCUAUUCUCACUGUUCAUAGAUGUAGUGUAAUAAAUCAUACCGGUAAAUGUCAGUCGGACACAUGUCACACCUUAAAUCUUUCCGGCGAACAGAGAAGUGGAGAUUUUACCAGCCCGCAAGAUGUGACGGAAUCUCAAAACGCCAAUGAUGUUAAUAAUCGAAUUUCUUCAAAACAUGAUUCACUUGGAGGAAGCGAAGAUUCCACCAAUCAGGAAACUGUGCCAGAAUCUCAAAGCCAAAGUGAGGCUAAUGAAGAACGUAAUUCUAAAAUUUCUUCAAAACACGAACUAUAUUCUCCUCGAGAAUCUGUGGUCCAUGAAAUACGUGAUUCUCCGUAUUUAAGGCAUGUUCUUAAUUUAUGCCAAGGAGGCUCAGCACAUGAGGCGUUACUCUCAUCUGUCCUGCUGUCCAAGGAAAAUAAUGAUGCUCUUCUACAAGAUCAGGGAACUGAAAAUAAAUUGGUUACGAGUCAUCAACUCAGUUGGGCGCCAGAUUUAAAUCCCUCUCAUCCGAAUGAAAUAUCUAACAUCGAAACGGGUCAAGAGGCAAAGAUAUGUGAAAUUCCUGGCCAACAAGGCCCCCAACCAUCUCAGGGAGAUAUGCUCCGAAACUCAGGUGUAAUAGCCCUGAACACCACAACAAAACCCAAAUGUGAAUCAUCCAGAAGUUGUCAAAAUCUAGAAAAGGUUUUGAAUCCCAAAAAGCAUAUGGUCUCCAAAUUUCACAAUCAAAUGAAGGAAACCAAAACAAGCGAUGCUUUACUCACAUCCCAAAUGCAUCCGACACCAACUCACACACCAGAUUUUAGUACAGCCUUCGAAAAGAUGCCUAGGGAAGCAGAGAGCCCUGCAAAUUCGAAAAGCGAUUUCCUUAAAAAUCCUGCCCAUAAAUUGGAUGACAGUCUCACCAUGCAAGGAGUGCCGAGUGAAGGGGCAUCUUUUUCGAGUACACCUGCACACCCUGCCCAGAGAUUGGAUAACACGACCGUUACCAAAGAAAUAUCCAAGGAUCUAACAAGUCAUCCAAAUUCUACACCAUCUUCUGAUUCACAGAUGAACUAUGCUCCUGGAUUUGAAAACAGUAUGCCCGUGAAAAAUAUGCCAAAGGAAGCGAGGGUAGAGUUUAAUUCAAAGCCGCAUCGGAAAACCAGACUUGAUGUUGACACUAUUAGCAAAGAGUUUCCAAAUUUCCAGGACACCCAAAUAUCAACUCCUCAGUUUCAAGUUUCAAACUUGGAACCCACAGACACUCACAACCAGGUUUACAGCAGUUGUAAGGAAACGGCUACCACUAAAAAAGUUCAAAAUCUCCCGGAUAAUUUAAUGGCGCCCAAGCAGGGAUAUACUCCCAAAACACAAUCAGGCUUUGAAGCCACGUCUACUUCCACUCAGGCUCUUAGCAAUUGUAUGGAAACGACAACAACUGGAAACACACAAAAUCUUCCGGAUAAUUUAUUGGCGCCCAAGCAGGGAUAUAAUCCUAAAACACAAUCAGGCUUAGAACCCAUGCCAACUAACACCCAGGCUAUUAGCAAUUCUAUGGAAACGACAAAAACUGCUAACACUCGAAAUCUCCCUGAUAAUUUAAUGGCGCCCAAGCAAGUCAAUAAAGCCAAGAAGAGGGCAAGCUCGUUGGAAGCCCUGUUAUCCAUACAGGAAGCAAAAAAAUCUGCAAUUUCGAAUAUUCCAGCCAAGAAAAUGAAGUCUAUGUCUAAAAAGAAAAAAAUGCAGAAUGUGGGGGACCAUCAAAAUACGGCUAAUCCUCUCAGAACAACACCGACUUCAAGGGAUAAAAACCCAACUAGUAAUACGAGAAUACAACAUUCUUCAACUCCUCCUCGUCUCAAAGAACCUUCGAUGCACAAUUUUUCCACCAACCACCCAUGCAAUCUGCCCGCCAUCACCACAAAUGACCCCUGUCAAAACAGAGAACAGAGAAUAGCUAAUUCUAACCAAAAACAGCUAGAAUAUGUGCCAACUAACUACCCAUGUUACGAUCGGACAUUUGCCCAUUCAGAAACGCCAGGAGGACGGCCACAACAACAAAAUUAUGCACUCCAUUCUCCUGGCGCUUCAUCGAUCCGAAACGAUCUAAAUUCAGAACGGCUAAAGGGGUCUAACUCAUCAUAUUCUGUACCGCCGUCUGUAGGUCAUCCACAACAACAGCAACAAAACAAACAACAGAGUAUACCGACUGCAAUUGGGUCUGCGAUACAAAACGAUCAAAGUCAUAAUCAGCCAAUGACUGUCUCACCAACCCAUCAUGUGAUACCUGUGGGGCUACACCAAUCACAACACCGCCCACCUUCGAAAUCUCAGCCCCAGAUCUCCCAUUCAGCAGUGCCUAACCUUCAUUCACCGCAUUUCCAACAUCCGUCCCGAAAAACACACUCAGAACACAUUCCGCCUACUUCCCAUUUACCUCUUAGCAACCAGCCAGGAGUAUAUCACCAACACCUAAGAAGAUCCCCAGCAUCUAACACCUCUGUGGGUCCACCUGAUUUCCUUCACCCUUUACCAAGGGAGGCCUUCACAUCAUAUCCCUUAGCAUCAACACCAAAUCAACAUAUUCCCCAUGGAAAUCCGACGUAUCCAAUUCAAUGUGGUCCCUACAAUCCAAACCAUCCAACACCUACCCCACAUCACAUAACCUACAAUUCGUCAAUACCUACAUUUCCCGCUGAGCAAAUGCACUCUGAGUUGCCCUUUCCUCCAUAUCCUCAACAUUUUGAGAUACCUCCACCACCCGACCCCCAAUUAUGUGCUCAGCUUCCAGGUCAUAGUUUUCCGCCAUAUCCCUGUGGCUAUGACAUGAAAGCUCCACCACCUCCAAACUGUAAUCAAAUUCAGCAACAAAUACAACUGAGAGACCAACUGCCAGCCCAUGUGAUUAAUUGCCGGCCGCCAUCAACAUCAUAUAAUCGAAAUUAUUCACCUGCAUUUGAACUACCACCACCUCCAAUAUUCAAUCACCACCUGCCACCAGGUCCACUUCCACCUCCACCCUUUAUUACCUCGCACUCACCUCUCCUGACACCACCGCAAUCAACAGAACAGCCAACGUCAACAUUUUUCCCUCCCCCACCAGCACCAGCACCAGCACCCAUACAAUAUAAUAUGGCUUAUUGUGGACCCAAUUCGAUGAUGGCAAUACCCAUGACUCCACCCUCAGAGAAUGAUAUUCCAAUUCAAAAUCCCAUAUCGUUUCCGCACAACAAUACUCUCUUAGAUGCAUUUCCUCCUCCCCAUCAAAUCCAUUCACCACAAUCGUGGCCACACCAUUUUCACGCUCCUCACAUGUAUCAGCAAUGAAAGCGGGGAUCUUCGGGUCGAUCUAAACGUAUGUUUAGACAUAAUAGAUCCGGUAUAUUUUAACUUUCAAUAUCUUUGAGUAUGCGUUACAUGUGAAAUCCAUUGGAUUUAAUUUGACAUAACCUCAAUGGAAUUGAAUAUUGAAAUCCACAGGAUUUACAUAUGUAAAUGUUCUAAUAGAGAUGUGUUAUCUGGAAAUAUUUUAAUAAUUUCCGUACAUUUUAUGCUAAAGAAAUUUACACUGACAAAAUAAGCGAAAUGUGUAAACCUGAUUUGUGAAUUUGAAAAACUGUGAUGUGUAAACUACCAAAGUGGGCAAGGACAUUGUGGGCUUUAUAUCAUGGUAGAAGAAUAUAGGUAGAUGCAUCAACGCAUGAGAACAUUGAAUUUUUAAAUGUUUUAUCAAAAAUAAGUAGAUUUUUAAAUGUUUUUUUACACGACGCCAAUAGGAGGUUCUUAUAAUAUGAAUUUUCCAACAAUUUUUUCAAAUUCCAAUAAUUUUUCAUUCAAUAUUUUCAAUUCCAAAAUCAGUUUGACAGUUCAUUUUCCCAGCAGCUGUCCCGAUGCGUCUACCUAUAUUCUUCUACCAUGGCUUGAUAUCGUCUCUAAUAGGAUAUUUAUAUUUGAGCUUUUUAUCGGGUUAAAGAAUAUUUACAGCGACCAGAGAUACGUAAUUUUUUAACAUAAUCAGAUGAAUUUGCUAUCCAAAUAAUGGAUUUUAUUAAGAUGUGCUCAGUGUAGACAAGACUUUAAGCCUGAUUUAUACCGACUACUAAAUUACGCCUUUUACAAAGAUUUGUAAUUUAUUUGACAUAUAACCAAUGGAAUUGACAAUCCAAGUAAGGUAUUUUAUCAAAACACGUUCGGUGUAAAUAAGGUAAAUACCUCCUUUAUAAAAUUUUUUUUGAGGUUAUGCAAUGGAAUAAAUAAUAUAAAGCCCCUUGAUGUUUCAAAUCCAGUUCAAUGUAAACAUAAUAUUUAUUUUGAAUCAUUGCCAUGUAUUUUAAAGCUCUACUUUUGUGAAUUGUUAUUUCUAUUUGAUUUUCAGCAGUAGAAAACACGAUCUGUGCUCGGUCAUGUGAUGCUUAACAAACACCCACAUUGCAUUAACAACCCCACCUAUUGUUUGUAUAAUAAAAUUGUCAAAUGUAAACAUAUCAUAAUUCUAUAGCAAUAAUUUAAAUAUUUUAAGACUGUACAAAUUAGUUUAAGUGUAAUUUUAGUGUUAAUUUGUUUUUAAGCAAUAAAAAAUACGAUUUUUUAAUAAAAAAAACUGCAUAACAUUUCCUUUAUUUGCAAAGAAAGUUAAAUGGAAAAAUCAAAGCAUACUUCUAGGCUGUUUCAUUUACG